UUCUUCCCUCCUUCCUCACUAAGGUUUCCUUGCUUCUGCAGCUCUGCUGGGCACCCUCUUCUUCCAAACCAUCCCUUGCUCUCCAAGCACUUCACCUUCCUUUCAUGUUCUUGAUCUCCUACAAUCUUGGCCAAUGCUCUAAUUCCAAGGCAGAUAGAAGCUUUGGUGAAUUUUUGCAUUGAUAACCAAAGUUUUUUGGGGUGAUUCUGCUGAAAUUAUCCUUUGAAAACUAAGGUUUCCUGGGGGAAACUCUGCCGAAAUCUUGAUCCACAAUCAAGUUGGAAUUACAUCUUACACUAUCUACUAUUUCUUCAUCAUACAUAUAUACUUUUUUUUUUUGUUGUGUGCAUAUCUAGGCCAAGCAAACAUUCACACCUGUUUAUUUGGUAAAUCCGCGUAAUUAUUUCCGUUGAGUUGAUCCAUGACAGAUUAAACAGGGGGAGGUUUGUGACUUGGUAGAUGUCACCAAUCCUCUCCGAGGUCAUCCUCUCUGGAUUUAUGAUCAGCUCGACGCUCCGGCGAGGCUCCCAUCUUGUCCUCUCCUUCUCCGUCGUGUUCCUCUACUGGUUCUAUGUCUUUUCAGUAACAUCCUAGCUGAUCUUGCGUUUUCAUCUCUUCCAUUAGAUCCAUCCAUCUCCAAUACCACAAAAUAGGCCACCAUAUUUCUACACAUACUUGUCAUUGGAAACUGUAGCUUCUAGACAUACAUAAACUCAGGGUAACAAUUACUGUAAGGUACUGAAAGAAUUUGUUCAGGAUGACACUGUCAGGUGGGGCCACGUCUGGGUCAAGCGGUGGGACCCACCGCGGCUCAUGGUCAGAGGGUGACAUCCAGCUCCAGGCCCAAAUGGAACUGAAGCGAAAACGAAGGAAGGAGUCAAACCGAGAGUCGGCAAAGAGGUCGAGGUUACGGAAGCAGCAGCACCUUGAUGACCUUAACUCGCAGGUGAACCAGUUGAAGGCGGAGAACCAGCAGCUGGGCGCAACGCUGAGCAUGGUCACCCAGAGCUACGCCGCGGCGGAGGCCCAGAACUCGGUGCUGCGCACCCAGAGGACGGAGCUGGACAGCAGGCUGCGCGCGCUGCGCGAGAUCGUCUUCUACCUCAACACUCCAACCCAACUACUCCCCGCUGCAUAUCCAUCCACUACGAUGACUGCAGCAGCAGCAGCUGCUGCUUCUGGCCAUUAUUAUGAUUAUUACGACGCUGCCAGUGCAAAUCCAUGGAGCUCGUCAGGGAUGCAGAUGAUGCAGCAGCAGCAGCAGCCGAUGGAUCAGUUUCUUUUACCAGUGCUAGGUAGCUUCUAGCUAGCAAAGGAGAUAGUGGCCAAAAGCUUGGGCAUGGUGAAUUAAUUAAGGUUGUAGGUCCAUUAUAUUAUGUCGCCGAUCGAUCGUUUGUUUGUGUGUUGCUUUGAUCUGUACAAGCGGUACUGUUCUACCUUUUUUUCUGCUGUUGGUGGUGGAGGCCCAGAUGGCAAAUUGGCAAAGUAGUAGCUUGCCGUUUGGGAAUUGUGUGAUGUGGUGUGUAAUUCUGGGAGGCCCAUGGCCGAAAGGAGGUAGAAAAGAAAAUUGUCAUCUGCCUCCUCACUGUUGGAGUCUUGGUACGCACAUAUAUAUAUAUAUGCAAUGAUGGUAAACUUAUUUCA